AUGCCUUACACAGCCUCUUUUGCUUUCUUCGAAGCCCUCUGGGAUGCCGGCAUCACCCACUGCUUCUGCAAUUUAGGCUCUGAUCAUCCCAGCAUCCUCGAAGCAAUCGUCUGGGGUCAGAAUGAGAGAAAAGACCGGUUUCCAAAGAUAAUCACGUGUCCUAGUGAGAUGGUGGCCAUGUCUAUGGCGGACGGUUUCGCUCGAGUCACCGGUACCCCGCAGGCGGUUAUUGUGCAUGUCGAUGUGGGAACUCAGGCAUUGGGAUGCGCGGUGCACAAUGCCUCAGUAGGGAGAGUACCCAUCCUAGUAUUUGCUGGACUCUCGCCGUUCACCAUCGAGGGUGAGUUAAAGGGAUCUCGGACAGAAUAUAUCCAGUGGCUUCAGGAUGUGCAUGCCCAGAGAUCUAUUGUCGAACAGUACUGCCGAUUCUCUGGAGAAGUGAGAACAGGCAGAAACAUCAAGCAAAUGGUCAAUAGAGCCUUGAGCUUUGCUACAAGCGACCCGAAGGGGCCUGUAUAUCUUUGCGCCGCUCGGGAGGUCCUCGAGGCAGAAUUAGAGCCAUACAGUAUUGAUCAGCAAUACUGGAGGCCCAUAGAACCGGCAGCCUUGAAUGAUGCUGGAGUGAAAGCAAUCUCAACCGCUCUAGUUCACGCAAAAGAGCCGCUGGUGGUCACUGGAUAUAGUGGAAAGGAUACAAGGACGCCCUUGCAGCUUGUUCAAUUAGCCAAUUCUGUCAAAGGCCUUCGAGUAUUUGACGCCGGUGGCAGUGAGAUGUGUUUCCCUGCCAGUCAUCCUGGCUGGCUAGGUUGUGGUUACGGCGGAGACAACAGCAUCACAACCGCGGACGUGAUCCUAGUCCUGGAUUGUGACGUCCCGUGGAUCCCAACCAGAUGUAAACCGAAAGAUGAUGCCGUUAUCUUUCAUGUUGACGUUGAUCCGCUAAAGCAGAACAUGCCUCUCUUUUACAUCAACGCGCAGCAUCGCUACCGGGCCGAUCCUCUGACAGCCCUGACGCAGCUCAACGGCUAUAUUGCCUCAAAUCAAGAGAUACAGAGCCUACUCUCAUCAAGUAGGUUUACUGAGCGGUGGGCCAGUCUGCAGCUUUCCUACAAGCUACGUCUACAGCAUAUUGCCAGCGCUGCUGAGCCGAACCCGGGAGGUGAUUUUGAGACCACCUUCCUAAUCAAAGAAGUCCGAAAAGCCGUCCCUCAAGACACCGUCUUCGUUGUCGAGGCAAUCACAAACACUCAGGUAGUGGCAGAACAAAUACAGGCGGAAUUACCUGGCUCAUGGCUCAACAGCGGCGGAGGUGGGCUUGGUUGGAGCGGCGGCGCGGCCCUCGGCGUAAAACUAGCCUUAGACCACCUCGGUACGGGCAAGUUUGUCUGCCAGAUUGUUGGCGAUGGAACGUAUCUGUUCUCGUUCCCGAGCUCGGUCUACUGGAUUGCCAAACGGUAUAACAUACCAAUUCUAACCAUCGUGCUGAACAACAAAGGAUGGAAUGCUCCGCGUAACUCUCUCCUCUUGGUCCAUCCAGAUGGACCGGCUUCCAAGGUCCCGACCGAAGAGCUCAAUAUCAGCUUCGCGCCAACCCCCGACUACGCUGGUAUCGCCCGGGCAGCUGGCCACGGGGAUAUUGGCGCAUUCAGGGCAAGUACGGCAGAUGAGCUCCCUCGAAAGCUGGCUGAAGCCGUUCAAUAUGUGCUGGGAGGAUCUUCGGCUGUGUUUGACGCGCAGAUCAAUGGUUCAGAAGGGAAAUAUACGAAUGUUGAAGCCGGGAAAAGAUAG